UGCUGGCCUCUGAAAUGGGCUCGACUAAUCUGCCCUGAUUUCAUCCAUAUUUCUUUAUCAUAUUAACUGUUCCGAAAGCUUAAGGCAGUCGAGGCAUAUCCACAAUGAUAUUUGGAGGUGAGGCGGUGGACGAGGUCAGCUGCAGGUUCUCAGAGCUGGUUCCUGUGGUGCUGACUGCCUGGCCUACGGGCUCCACUCCCGUGCUGCACAGUAAAGAGCAUUUCACGCCCAGACAAGACCACACGGCACCGCCAUGAAGCCGGGUCACGAGCGCAAUCAGGAGUGCCUGCCUCCCAAGAAGAGGGAUCUCAACAACAGCACCAGUAGCAGUAGUGCUACUGGUGGGGCAGGAAGUGGGGUGGGAGGGGGAGGGGGGGAGGAAGUGCCCUCCACUCAGAGCUCAGGGGUCGGUAGUGACACUCAGGGAAGUGGCACAGCAGAGGAGUGGCUGCAUGCUCAGCCUGGUCUACACUAUGGAGUAGAGAGUGCUGAGGGCCUCCAAGGGAUGCCUGUUGACCAGUACAGCAUGCUCUAUAGGGUGGCUCUCCCCUCUGUCUCCUACUCCCAGACCAAUCUACACCCAGUGUUAAGCCAUAUCUCUCCAGCUUACACUGUCCCCUCAUCUCUCCUACAGCAUCAUCCAGGUAUCUCCUAUCCCCCUCUAGGCUAUGCCCAGAUCCCCCACUCCUCUUUCCAGUUUGUCUCUCCAUAUGGUGCAGUCCCUUAUGCAGUCCCUCCUGGCUUUGUUCCCAGCACCCUGAUCUCCCCCUCAGUUGCCCUCUCCCAGCCCCACCUGGUCCCCUACCAGUCAGUCAUCCAGGAGGGGUUGGUCUCCCCUCCUACUCAGACCCAUGUAUCUGCCCAUGCCUUUGCCAAAGUGGGGUCGUCCGGAGGGGUCCCGCUGAUGCUGACCUCGGAACAGGCUGCCCAGCACCUGGGCCCGCUGCCCGCCGCAGAGCUCAGUCCUCGGGGAGUGCCUGUCUUUUACCACCCUCAGGGCACCAGGACUGCGCCUGCCCCCAGGGACCCCUACAGCGGGGAGCAGGAGACAGACAGGGAUAGGGAGGUGAAUGGAGGGGAGAGGGAGCAGGCAGCCAGGGAGAUGCUCCAGGACUCAGUCUACAAUGCCAGGAAUGCAAGGCUGCUGCAGGCAGCAUCUGCCUCUGUAGCACUGGAGCACUCACAGGACAGAAGCCUGAAGAGCCGCAGGCUGGACGAGAGGGCUUCGCCUGGGCAGCGCAGCACCCCAGACACUGACCUGGAGGUUCAGCAGGUUGUUGGUCGCCUAGCCUCUCCUGUCCAAGGUGUGAGUGGAGGGCGCAAAGAGGUGUCCUUUGGUCCCCUGAACCUAUCCCAGGGCUCCCAGAGAGGCAGAGAGGCUCAUGGGGAGGCAGGGGAGAGUAUUGGCCGGACAGCAUACGCGAUCCACCCUGUGGUGUAUGGAGACCCCAGGGUGACGGCCCAUCAACAGCAGCCAGGCCACGCGGUCAUCUUGGCCAAUGGACAGACAGUCCUGGUCCCCUUAGACUAUCAUCAACAUCAACAGCCACCCCAGCACUACCCCAGCCGGACCAAUGACGACACCUCUGCUGUCACCAUGGCCUCCCCCACCACCUACUCUAAAGCCUCUGAGUCUCCAGCCAGAGUGUGCCUCCCAGACAGGGCUGUGGUGGAACUGGCCGCCGUGGAGCAGCAGCCUAUUUCUAUUCCAGUCGCGGCAGCCCUCACACAGGCCCUGGCCCCGGCACCCAACCCUGCCCCCGCCAAUCCCUCCCAUUUCAUGAAGGGGGCAAUCAUCCAGCUGGCCACGGGGGAGCUGAAGCGUGUAGAGGACCUGCAGACUCAGGAUUUUGUGCGGAGUGCUGAGGUGAGCGGGGGGCUGAAGAUCGACUCCAGCAUGGUGGUGGACAUCAGGACCAGCCAGCAGAGACCCGGCCUGGUGGCGCUGCACUUCACAGUGGGCGAGCAGCAGAGCAAGGUGACCAUCGACGUGCCCCCGGAACACCCCUUCUUUGUGUUUGGCCAGGGCUGGUCCUCCUGCAGCCCAGAGCGCACGGCCCAGCUCUAUGGCCUGGCCUGCCACCACUUGCAGGUAGGAGACGUGUGUGUGUCCAUCACUCUGCAGCAGCCACCCCAGCAACAGAAAAAGCCCUUGCAGCAGCAGCAACAACAACAGCAGCAGCAGACCCAAGCCAGGACUUCCACCAAAGUCAACUCUACAUCAGGGGCCUUCGGCCAGCCCAUGGGGCCCCCUGCCCCCCAGCAGCCCAGGCCACAGCCUCACUUCAGGAUGGAACGCGUCCACAGGGAGAGGGAGAGGGGGGAUAAAGAGGAGCCCAUGCAACUAGGGGGUGUUGUGCAGAGUGAGAUGCCCACCAGACCAAAUAGGACUUCAGCAGAGCAAACUAGGAGCCAGAGCAGUUACUAUUUGCACACGGAGGGUUCUGCUCGUCCAGGGGCGGGGUUGGGAGUGGUGUCGACAGUGUCGAGCGCGUCUCAGAGGCGCUGGUCCGCCCCCGGCCUUCAGAGGUACAUGAAGGUAGAGGAAGGGGCGCACCCUCAGCUGGGCCCCUCCGGCUCCUCUCGACCCUCCUUCAUCCCACAGGAGGUCAAACUGUCCAUCGAGGGGCGCUCUAAUGCUGGGAAGUAGCAGCAACCAUGGCAGUCCACACCACAGAAGAGACUGUCAGAGGAGUGAAAGCAUCAGAGAGGGAGAAAGGGGAUAAAUAGUGGGAAUGUAGCCUCUGAAUGUUUGAUAUUUUGCACACCUAAUAAGAUUACAAGUUCUUUGUUUUCAGGGGAACUACCUUGUCUGGUGGCUGGUCAGGUCCGCUCUAUUUGCCUGUCAGUCAGUCAGGACAGCUCCUGGUCCAGUGAUCAGGAGAUUGGGUCUCUGCUCUCCCAGGCUGACAGGGAGCGGAUGCAGAAGCAGGGAGUGUAUGUAGCUGGUGAAUCACCUACCGAAGUCUUCAGACUGCAUCUUCCUUCCGCCCAACCAACCUCUCAGAACCAUCGUUAUCAGAGGUGAACCAACCUCUCAGAACCAUCGUUAUCAGAGGUGAACCAACCUCUCAGAACCAUCGUUAUCAGAGGUGAACCAACCUCUCAGAACCAUCGUUAUCAGAGGUGAACCAACCUCUCAGAACCAUCGUUAUCAGAGGUGAACCAACCUCUCAGAACCAUCGUUAUCAGAGGUGAACCAACCUCUCAGAACCAUCGUUAUCAGAGGUGAACCAACCUCUCAGAACCAUCGUUAUCAGAGGUGAACCAACCUCUCAGAACCAUCGUUAUCAGAGGUGAACCAACCUCUCAGAACCAUCGUUAUCAGAGGUGAACCAACCUCUCAGAACCAUCGUUAUCAGAGGUGAACCAACCUCUCAGAACCAUCGUUAUCAGAGGUGAACCGACCCUCAGAACCAUCCUUAUCAGAGGUGAACCGACCCUCAGAACCAUCCUUAUCAGAGGUGAACCGACCCUCAGAACCAUCCUUAUCAGAGGUGAUUGCAUUCACUGGACUUUCUCUCUUCUUUGACCAAACCAUCUCCUCUGGAAACCCAAGACUGGGGAGAAUACAAAGCUCAUGUCUGGUAGAUAGACAACAGUGUCUGACACAGUGACAAGAACAAAGCUAUCCUAUUAUGCUCUGUCUCCCCCCACAUUUCUAUUUUGGUCUGUUACCUUCAAAAGCGUUCUCCCAAAAAGAAAAAAAGACUAAAGGUGCACUUGCGGUGCUGAAUUGCUGGCAUCGGCACAUGGAUGCUUUUCCCCCUAAUGAUGUUGGUUCUCUUGAUGCAGACUCUUGAUGUGUGUCAUCGUAACUUAGUGUGCUUCUCUAGUAGGAGCAGAGGACUUCUACUAAGGCACAGACACUCUCCCUCAUCUCCCCGCCUCUCCUCGUAGGGCCCAGUCUGCUGAGAUAGGGUCUGAGAGGAGGGCAGGCAGCCUUAGAGGUCUUUCAAUCAGCUCCUUCAAUCAACCAAUCAGAACCUUUCGUAGGUUCACUCCUUUCGUAACGCACCAAACACGCUUCCCCGUUUUUCAUUUUACACCCCAACCCCACUUUGUGCCACGGUUACAUGUCAGUUUUCCCUUCGAAAGAAACCAAAAGAGAUCAUGCAUUCCAGUAUCCUAGUGAUUAUCAGUGACAACAAGACAAAACAACACUCAUCUUCCCGAAUGCAGCCCUUCCUGCCUGCUAUACCUCUCAGCGUUCCUCUGCCUGACUGGUGACUGUUUACUGUCACUGUAUUUGUAGGUACCACUACUGGAGGCACGGGCUGCUCCACUAAUGUCGCCUGUGGGAAUGAAGCCUGCAUGGAGCAGUACUGGCUGCAGCCCGUCGUGGACGGUGAGGGCCAAAGAGUGGGACCCUGCCCCCAUAGAGCCAUGUUGGCCCCCAUAGAAUCUCUUUCAGUUCAGCAGCCCCUGGGCCUAUGAGGGGGAGCCCUGUGUGUGUUGGAGGGGAUGGACUUGGCCCUGCUUCAUACAUUUUUCACACUAUUGUCUCAACACAAACUGGGGGAUCUUUUGGCUUGCUUUCCGGUGAAUAUAAUUGGUUUAAGGUUAUCCUGCCAUUUUCCAGUCUGGUUUAGGUUGUUCAUGGCUAGCUAGCUAUCUGCCUCUGCUCGUUUAAAAGUAGGAUGGCACUAGAUAUGUUAUCUGGCCAGGUCAGCUUACACGACUGUGUGAAAUGUGUAUAUGAGUCUAGUCAAUCCUUGCUCAGUUACCAAAAUCAAAGCAAUAGUGGCUUUUCUGUUUAUUUGGGGUUUUCUGUGUAUUUUGUUAUUGUUUUUAUAUUAAAAUCUUGUGUAUCAGACCUAA